AAUCGGCUGAUUCCGAAGAACACAAGGGACCCCUGUCUUUUUUUAUAUAUACACAGGAAUCCAUCCCCCCUAGUGGGCGGGCACUGACUUCACUUUCACAAUCAAAGGAAAGGAACAGAGAGUGAGCUGUCAAAGUCAUCUCUGUCUCUUUUUCUCUCUCUCUCUCUCACACACACACUCUGUCAACAAACAUCAUGAACAGUCAGAAAAGACAGGGAUUAAACAAUCGGAAGUGAACCAUAAAGUCGUUGUUGGCCGAAGGAAGCCUGGAGUGUGCCCCCAGCUGAUAGGGACUGGCCGGGCGAUGGAGUUGAGGAGGAGAACAUGCCAAGGGAACUGCUGACUGUCCUGUCCCAGGGAGGUGCGGCAUCUCGUCCAGGGAGAGGAUGUUGUCGGUGAAAUUGCCACAGCUUUUAAACCACCACCAGGUCCCCAUGGUAUUCCGGGAAGAUGGAAUUAUCUCCGGCUAUCGCCACCCCAGGAGCUCCGCUGUGGACUGUCUGCUCAGCAGCUUUCAGAUGACAAACGAGACGGUGAACAUUUGGACACAUUUUCUGCCAACCUGGUACUUUCUGUGGAGGUUCCUGGCCCUCUCGCACUCUGUGGACUUCUACAAUGAGGCGUACGCCUGGCCGCUGCUUGUCUACAUGUUGGUCAUCUGCCUGUACCCCUUCAUUUCCAGCUGUGCCCACACCUUCAGCACCAUGUCCGCGCACGUCCGCCAUGUCUGCUACUUCCUCGACUAUGGAGCCCUCAGCCUCUACAGCCUGGGGUGUGCUGUCUCGUACAAGGCCUACAUCAUGCCUGACCGGUGGAUUAACAGCACCCUCCACUGCUACUUCACCCACGUGGCUGUCUUCAACUCCUUGGUCUGCACGACCCUCUCCUGCUAUUCCAGGUUCCUGGAGAUCGAACAGCCUAAACUGAGCAAAACGCUGCGGAUCACAGCGUUCAGCCUCCCGUUUCUGUUUGACAAUAUCCCACUAUUCUACAGGCCACCAACUAUUCCAUAUCUGUGCCAUUGUGGGUACCCACUUUCAGCUGGAGGCCAUAGUCCUGGAUAUGUCGGCCCGUCACACCUGGCUGCUCGCCCACACGCCGCUUCCGUCUCUGGGGGGCACCCUGGGGGUGGUGCUGUUCUCUGUCAUCCUCAACUGCCUGGUCAUUGGCGCCUUCGUCCUGCACCUGCUCUGGGCUCCACAGUCCUCCCCAUUUCUGCAGAGUCAUGUCCUCGAUCGCUUCAAGCAGAACUGGGAGUGACACGCCUCGUAUUCGCGCCACCCCCAUCCCCUGCUGCCCUCACCCCCUCCCUGCUCCUGCCAACUCAAGCCCUGUCCGCCAUUCCUGGCGUCGUGCCUCUCCACUGGCAUUGAUGGGAUUCGAUCCUUCUCUGACCGAGCUAGCACACCCUCUCCUCCCCCCAGGGUUUCCUCCUUCCUCUGGGCCUUUGUCCUCCAACUGGCACUGCCCUUACCCCAGCCCUCCUGCUCCCUUGGGCACUGGGCGAUAGUGGAAUGCCCAUGUGGAGCACUGGACGAGGGGACUGGUGGGAUGCCUGCGGUGGUGGAAGGGCUGGCACGGGCCCUUGGGGCAGAACGGCCUCUAUAAGUUAGUCGCACACUCUCGCCACUUAUCGCUCCCUCCACCGCCCCCCCCCCCCCCCCCCCCCCCCAAGUCGUCACUUCUCAAACCCGCUGAGGCAACUCCCCGCCCUCGUUUAACAUGAUCUUCAGCUGACCAGCGGCUGGGACCAUGUGUCCACGGCUCUGGGUAAGGAGGACCGAGAGAGUCGGUCAACAGCUGCAAUUUCCUGUAACCUUGCUGCCCCCUCACCCCCCACCCGCGUCAGGGAGAGAAAUCCACCUCUGAGGUGCCCCCUAGCGGUGGGUGAGUUGUGGCACACCAGGAUGGAAAGUGAUGCCACAAGGUGGGCACACUGGGUCCCUGUGUUCUCCCCACUUAAUAACGCACAAAACUAUCUCCUACUUACUUCCCUCUCUAACGACAUUAAGCAUGCGUAUCUGAACGUUUUUCUGGAGCAGUUAAACUCCCACUCGCUUUUGAACGCAAUCUUUGUAGGGAUUGCCUGAUCGAACGUUGUAUCCAACCCAGUUCCUUGUAUUGUGUUAACCUACGGAUUAAUGGCUGACUGUCUAGUCAGGGUAUAAUGGAGUGACUGGAACAUGGUGAAAAGAGGCAAGAUUUAAGCAUCUUCAGGGCACCUAGCCCUGUCUUCUGGGAGAACAGGAAGAGGUUACCACAGUCCGGCAUGACCUGGAAAAUAUCUUGUGCCGACAAGUGGCAAAUAGCGUCUGUGCCACGCAGUUGCCCUGAAAUGACCAUCUCCAACGAGCCAUCGUCCCUUGACAUUUAAUGGUAUCACCAUCACCGAAUGCCCAAAGGUUUCAUCACCUUCAGGGCACCUAACCUAGGGACCCUCUUCCAGAAGAACAGGAAGUGUUACCACAAUCGAAAUCAACAGAAAGCGCAAAUGGCCCAAUUUCUGGUGGGCAGGGACGUGUGCCGCAGGCUUUGAACUUGUUAAGCUGUCUAGGCCGCAGUUUGGUACUUGUUGGCAACAAGGGAGCUAUAAAGGGAGAGAGAGAGACUGGUUAAGUGGACGAAAGGUGUAGUAAGAGGAAUAUUGUGUUGGGGGAAAUGUGAACUCGGCUGGAAGAAUUUUUUUUAACUGAAAGGAACUUAUCGAAAUGACGCGAGGUUUGCAGAGAGAUCUGGUCGUCAAGUGCAUGACUUAGGAGGGAAGCUAAUCAAAUGUGGUUUAUUGUAAAGGGAAAAGCAAUGGGGUUAGGCUUCACGUUAUACAGAUGAGACCUCAUCUGACGCACUGUAUUGGUCUCCCUAUUUAAGCAAGUCUGUAAGGUAGUUCAGAGGACAUUCACCUGACUGAUACCGGGGAUGGGCAGCUUGUCUUAUGACAACAGAUUGGAUAAACUCGCCUUUGUAUCCCCUGGAGUUUUUACCCUGUUCUAGGAAGGAUUAAUCUGGAGAGGCUUUGGAAAAAAUGAACCAGCAUGGUUCUGUGAAGGGAAGAUCUGAGAUAUGAAAACAGGCCGGGGCAUUUUUCACUGGAGGCCGAGGGGAGACCUUGAUAAAAUCAUGAGGGGCGUGGAUAAGGCGAAUGAUGAGGGAGCUUUCCCUAGGAGGGAGGAGCUUAAAACUAGCUGGCAUACUUUUGAGGUGAGUGGGGAAAGAUUUAAAAAGGACAUGAGGGACAAUUUUUUUAAUAUGAAGAGUGGUUCGUGUGUGUGGAAUGAGCUGCCAGAGGAAGUGAUGGAUGCAGGUUCGGUUAAAAUGUUUGAAAGACAUUUGGAUGAACAGGAAGGGUUUGGAGGGAUAUAGGUCAGGAAGAGGCAGGUGGGACUAGUUUACUUUGGGGUGAUGGAACAAACUCUGCUCUAUGAUGAGUUGGAGGUGACUUAAUGGAAAUGUAUAAGAUCUUGAGGGGUGUUGAGUGGAUGGAGGUGAGCAGGGUGAUACCUCUCUUGGGAGAUUGUGGAACUAGGGAGUCAUGGUUGAAAAAUCAGGGGAUGAGUGACCUACCAUCUGUGCCACACAGUUGGUCUGUCAUGACCAUCUCUAAGAAACUAGCCAUCAUCCCUCGAUGUUCAAUGGUAUCACCAUCACUGGAUGCCCAAAACUCAACACCCUGGUGUUUAUCAUUGACUAUGGACUGCCCCUAUAAACACAGUGGCUACAAGAGCAGGGCCAGAGGUGAAUAACUCCCCCCCCCCAAAACCUGUCCCACCAUCCACAAGGCACAAGUCAAGAGCUUGGUGGGAUACUCCCUGCUUGCCCUGGACAGGAGCAGCACCAGCAACAUUUGAGACGCUCAACACCAUCCAGGACAAAGCAGACUUGAUUGGCACCAGAUCAACUCCACCACCGACGCUCAGUCGCAGCAGUGGGUACCGUCUGCAAGGUGCACUGCAGCAAGGCUCCCGUAGACAGCACCUUCCAAACCCGUGACCUCUGCCAUUUAGAGGACAAGGGGUUUCAGAUACAUGGGAACACCAGCAACUUCCCCUCUGAGCCCCUCACUACCCUGACUCAGAAUGAGUUCCGACAAUCAAAUUAGAAUAACGAUCUUGCACUCCAAUGGAAUGGGAUCAGCUGAUGGCCAUCUCGAAGCUGCUUUGCAUCCCCGGCAAGUCACCUGACUUUCUACACUGCCAGGCCAACCACGUUCCCACUUGUUCCCCUUUCUGAUUGGUCUCCUCAUUUCAGCAAUGAGGAUUGGUCAGGACGAUACAGUGGUCAUCCAAAUGGAGGGCGUGCAGCCAACGUUGACUGUCAUUUCCUCCUUUGCCCAGGAAGAAUGGACUGAUGGAUGGAAUUAACCGCUAUUAAACAUGUAACUUUGAGGAA